CAUUUCUCUGCCUUCUAGCUUGCAGUCGUAUCUCUAUCUUGCACCAGAAACACCUUAUUGACUAUGGACCCCCAGUACUACAGCGGACUUCAGGAGGUUCUGCAGACCCUGGUGUCUGCGACCGAUACCUCCACGAUCCAGCAGGCGACAAACAGCCUGAAGCAGCAGUUUUACAGCAAGCCAGUUAUCGCCAAGGACAACGAGCAGUGGCAGAUCCGCCAGCUGGCUGUGGUUGAGCUGCGCAAGCAGAUCACCGCGCAAUGGGACUCGGUCGAUGACGCGACUACCGAGCAGAUCCGCGAGAUGGUCUUGAAGAUGAUUGUCGAGGAGCAGAAUGACCUGACGCGCCACGGCCUGGCACGCGUCAUCUCGUCGAUUGCCAAGAUCGAUAUCCCGAACCAAAAGUGGGGUAACCUGAUCCAGUUCCUGUAUCAGUGCUGCCAGAGCAACGUCGCAGCCCAUCGUGAAAUUGGUGUCUAUACUAUCGCCGAUACGAUGAUUGAGCAUCUGGAGCACCUGUUUGGCCUGUUCUCCAAGCUCGUCAACGAUCCAGAGAGCCUGGUGGUCCAGGUCACCACUGUUGAGGCGCUGGGCAAGGUUGCCGAGUUCAUUGAGCCCGGAGAGCAGGUGGCGAUCAAGACCUUCCAGGGUCUGGUGCCCGCCAUGGCACAGGUGUUGCAAAAGUGCCUGGCGACUGGGGACGAGGACUCGGCGAGCAAGUGCUUCGAGGUCAUCAGCGUCGGCACCAACACCGAUCUUGAGGACACUCUGCGCAUCAUGGCCCUCAACUUUUUGGUGUGGACAGCUACCUACAAGCGCGGCCGCAUGCAGAAGCUCAAGAUCGUGCAGCCGCUGAUUGAGCAGAUGUUCCCUAUCACGACUGAGGAGGACCCAGUUGACACCGACGAGGAUUCGCCUUCCAGGGUUGCCCUACGUGUCCUGAACAUGCUGUCGACCAGCCUUCCACCGCAGCAAGUGUUCCCGACGGUGAUCAACCUCGUGCUCCAGUACAUGCAAAACGCUGACCCGAUGUUCCGCAAGGGCGCCAUGCUCAGUUUAGCCAUCACCAUCGACGGCUGUGUCGACUUUGUGCGCUCACAGACCGGUGACAUUGUUACUCUGAUCUGUGCCGGCUUGGGUGAUCCCCGACACGCGCGUGCGCCCGACGAGAUCGCCGAGUACCACCAAAAGCUUGUGCCCUUGAUCUUUGGCCUUCUGAACGACGGCACCAUGGAGAUUGUAAAGUACGCGUGCAGCGCGCUCGAGGCGAUUCUGGAGGGCCUGGGCGAAGCGAUCAAGCAGUACCUGCCGCAGCUGAUGGAGCGCCUUGUGGUGCUUCUGGACUCGGGCUCGAUUGAGGUCAAGCCGAUUGCGCUGGCGGCUAUUGGUAGCGCUGCGCACUCGUCAGGUGAGGACUUUGCGCCGUACUUUGACGAGGUCGUGAAGCGCGUCAAGCAGGCGAUGGCGCUGACCGGCGAUGAUGUCCUGGCUCUGCGCGGUGUCGCUACUGAUACGGCGGGCACGCUGGCCGAGGGCGUCGGCAAGGACGCGUUCCGCCCGCAUCUGGAGGAGACCAUGAAGCUGGCUCUUGAGGGCAUGGAGAUCGAGUCGUCCAACAUGCGUGACUGUGGCUUCUGCUACUUUGGCGUCAUGAGCAGGGUGUUCAAGGAUGAGUUCUCGCAGUACCUGCAGUUCAUUGCGCCCCAUCUGAUCCGCACGUUCAAGGCGGACGAGUCCUCGGCGUUUGGGUUCACCCAGACAUCCGAGGAUAUGGAUGAGGAGGAUGACGCUGACUUUAAUGUCAGCACCGCUAUUGCCGAUGAGAAGGAGGUUGCUGCAGAUGCCGCCGGCGAGCUGUUUGCCAGCACUGGCUCGGGCUUCCUGCCGUAUCUUGAGGCCACGACCAACGAGCUGAUUGAGCUGCUGGAUCACUACUCGGACAGCACGCGCAAGUCGGCGAUGAUUGCGCUCUUCACGUUCAUUCGCACCAUUAACAAGAUGUCGAAACCCGGAGCACGUGUGCCUGUCAGCAACGAAACCGCGAGCAUGAUCAAGAUAGUGCUGCCGCCAGUGCUCAAGAUGUGGGAGGACGAGGACGACAAGAUGGUCGUUGCCCAGCUCUGCAACGAGUUGCGCACAAUCAUGCAGGACGUCGGGCCCGCUGUUACUGUCGACUAUGCCGAGGAAAUCGCAAAGUACAUUCUGGAGAUCUUUGAGAAGAAGGCGCUGUGCCAGAUGGUCGACGAGGACGAUGAGGAGGAGGAGCUGGUUGAUGAGGAUGAGCUAGCCGAGCUUGAUUCGCUUCUUAUUGGAGCGGCCGCGGACUGCAUCGCCCAGUUUGCCAGCGUGUUUGGCGACCAGUUUGAGCCGAUCCUCGAUACGUUCCUGCCGCACAUUGCAGGCUAUGCGAAGCCCUCGUUUGGCGUCAGCGAGCGCGCCAUGGCGGUGGGCUGCCUGUCGGAGAUCGCAAAGAACAUGGGUCCCGCCAUUACUAAAUACGCUGAGACACUGUUCCCGAUCUUCAUGACUGGACUCCAGGACCCGGAGGCAGAGGUCCGCAGCAACUCUGCAUACGGUGUGGGUGUGCUGAUUGAGGCCGCGACAAUCGACGUGUCGCCGUACUUCAACGACGUGCUGAAGGCCGUGUACCCGCUGCUGCGUCAGUCGGGCAACCCGAACAACUCGAACGACAAUGCGGCCGGGUGUGUGGCGCGGCUGAUUGUCGAGAACGCCGAUGCAGUCCCGCUGGCUGACGUGCUGCCGGUUUGGAUCGCAGCCCUGCCCAUCAAGGGCGACCACCUGGAGGACAUUGCCGUAUAUGACGCCGUGUGCCACCUGCUGAAGAACAAGCGUGCCCAGGUCGAGCCGUUUUUGGGUGCGCUGACUCCUGUUCUCAAGAAGGCCAUGUCGGAUCCGGCCACGCUGAUGACCGACGAGAGCCGCCAGUACCUGUCGUCGCUGUGAAUCCGGCAAUUUUAACGAGCCGAGCGAUCCG